UCGGAGGCGAUGAUCAGACCAAAUCCAAUCGUCAUGAGACCAAAACAACGUUUUUCCUUCUGAAAUUGGGACCACAGGGAGAAUUUAUAGAUGAUGGUGAUUGCUCGAUAAGGGUUAACCUCAAAAAGACUAUUCAGCAACCGGGGCAUUAUUACCGGUAGUUUCAAUCAUGGGGGAGAAACGAGAGGGAGGAGAGGAGGGUGUUGGCCAUUCCCACCACCACCACCACCACCCGCGCCGCAAGCGCUCCGUGGAGAUCAGCAAGGCCGACGAUGCCCCACCCCAGCGCUCACCGCCGAUGAAGCCUAGCGGUGGCCGGAAGAACAGUUUGUCCUCGCGCAUCAAGCGGGGUGCCGAUGGGGAGAUCAUGUCAUAUACCACAUCGGACCACAGUACAACGUAUACUGUCGGGGAUAGUGUGUAUGUGGAAAGUCCAAGGCCCGACAUGCCAUAUUUCAUAUGCACAAUACAAGACUUCAGAGUGAGCAAGAGGGACAAUGUGAUUGUUGGGGUGAAGUGGUUCUACCGUCAGUCUGAAGUGCCUGACUCUGUCUAUCAGCUUCUGGUCCAAGACAGGCACACCGAAAAUGAUUCUGGCACUGACCUGGUCACCAAAGACCCUAUCAUUAAGAGCCGAGAGCUCUUUGUUUCAGACACUACAGAGAACUACCACGUGUCACUGCUGAGGGGUAAGGGAACUGUGAAGCACUUCAAGGAUAUACAAAAUGCCAAGGACUUCAAGGCCAGACCUGACACCUUCUUCUAUAUCCUUGGCUACAACCCCGAGACGAGACGGCUUGCCAGCACUCAGGGUGAGAUUAGAGUUGGCCCCAGUCAUCAGGCUGUCUUGCCUGAACUUCGCCCCAAGGAGAAGCAGCCCAGUGGUCUCGUGAUCACCAGGCACGAGGAGUUGACCUGGCGACCUGUCAUUCAUGACAGCGACCUCAAGAUGUACCUCCAGGCUGCAAGGAGUAUGGCGGCCUUUGUGGGCAUGUGUGAUGGUGGCUCCCCCGAGGAGGGCUGCGAGGUAGCAUCCAAGGAUGACACGACAAUCAAUGCAUUGCAGCGUCUCCAUGAAAAUAACUACCACUAUGGCAAAGCCUUGCAGUCUCUUGUCAAGACUUGUGUGCCACGUUCAGUGGAUAAGAAAUGGAAUGAACAGGAAACGAAAAUCUUUGUGAAGGGACUGCGCCAAUAUGGCAAGAAUUUCUUCCGCAUCCGCAAAGAGCUUCUCCCACACAAAGAAAGGGGCGAUCUUGUCGAGUUUUACUACUACUGGAAAAAAUCCCCAGAGGCGUCUGGGCAGAGGAUAUACCGUCGGCAUCGCAGGCAGAGUGUCCUCCGUCGAAUCAAGACCUGUGCCCGGGCUAAUCGGCCUCCCUCUAAUGAAUUCUUGGACCUGAGCUCAGCGUGUGAGAGUGACAUGGACAGCGACGACAGCGAGAGAGACUUCAGCAGUUACGCUUGCCGACACUGCUUCACCACAACAUCCAAAGAUUGGCACCAUGGGUCUCGAGAGAGAAUCCUCCUCUGCACCAACUGUCGUCUCAGUUUCAAGAAAUAUGGCGAACUUCCGCCGAUCGAGAACCCCCGGGAGCCGCCGGCUUUCAUGUUCAAGCCAGUCAGGGAGGGGGAGUCCUAUGACGUUGGCCGCCACAAGCUGAGAAGUCGAAGACAGAGGGAUUUAGUGAGCUCAACUCUCCGCAGCGGACGGAACAAACAUGGGAGCGUCAGCGAGCCAUGCAGCCCUGUGAAUGUUGAGAGGAAACAGGACAAGCAUCGCAACUCCCCGAGCAUGCUCAGCACCUCCAGUGACAGCAGCAGCAAGUCGAGCGAAAAGAAAGUCAAGGAGGAGCCAGGGGCAGAGCCCCCGGAGAGCCCAACGGCACCCUCCAUUAAACAGGAGCCCGGCGGUGAGGAGGAAGAAGACGAAGAAGAGGAGGAGGAAGAUGAAGAAGAGGCAGAGGAAGAAGAGACGAUCGAAGAAUCCAGGAUGAGGGCGGAGGAACCAGCAGCAGAUGAUGGAGGAGCGCCAGAUACAGAUGCUCCAGAACUGGAACAGAUGGAGACAAACUCUGACAACGACCAGGACGCCACUACAACUACAGACAGCAACAGUAUCACCAAUGCCAAUGAUGAGUCCAGCCACCCUGAAGGGGAAGGGAUGUCAGAUGAUACGAGCUCUUCAUCUCGAUCACCUUCCCCAACAGCAGACUCAGAAGGUCAGGAUCAGGUGGAAUCCACCCCUCUAAGCACACCCAUGGUAAAAGUCAAAGAGGAGAAGAUGGACGCAGAUACCAGUGACGGUGACAUUGUAGCAAAUCGUCAGGGCACCCCUUCCUCUCAACCGUUUUCUGUUAUCCAGCGCUUUGACAGCCCAGACUCAGUCCCUUCAAGACAGCCCUUUGAAAGUCGUCCAAGUUCAAACAGUCCUUUGCUUGGUAAGGCCGAAGCAUUUUAUCGCCCUCCACCAAUGCCCCUCAUCAAAAUGGAAAAAGUUGAUGAGCCAGAACCUUAUCAGCAUCAGCCUCUUCCACUUGUUAAAAAGGAACCAAGGCAAGACAAAGUGGAUGAGACUUGUAAAUCUGAGUCACCUCGCCUGCAGACACCGGAUCGUCCGUUAAAUAUGGGCAACCAACUAGGAGUGCCUCUUGAUCCUUUCAGGCAGCCCACUGAGUGCUUCAGACAUCCCAUCGAUUAUCAGCGCUCUAAUGAAAGGCUUUAUUUCCCUGAUGGCAGUUUAAGACCACCAGUUCCUAGUCUACGCCCUCCUGCAGGAGGCUCCCCCUCGAGACCUCCUGCUGACAAAUAUAGACUGCAGUCAGAUGGCUGUGGUCCUCCCCCUGAACUACUGAAAUCUCGUCAGACUAACUCCAGAAGUUCUGAAAAGGAUAAACUUUCAAGAGAUGGUCAGGAUCAGACCAGAUAUUCGAUAGGUAACUUUAAAAACCAAGUGGAUCACUUGCAGCUCUCCAGUGACGAUGCCAGACAACAAAAAGGAGCUCAGUUUCAGGUUCGAGAGGAAUCACAAAGAUUUGAUGAACGAUAUAGGGCUUCCGGCAACACCAGAUUACCUCCUGUCUUCUCAUACAGCCCUAAGCCUCAAGCAGUGCGAUCUGAAUCGCUUAAAGAUGACAAGUUUCAAGACGAAUUCAGGUCAUCGUCAAAGUUGAAAUCAACCAGUGAAUUUUCCAGACCUCAGCCAGACCCAAGAAUGUCAGCUGAGAGCUCAAUAUCUCCAGUAGAUAAAUCCAGACAAAGUGUCGAGCGUCGGUAUCCCAUUAUAGACCAUAGCAGACCAUUUGGAAGCCAUUUCAAAGAUAUGGAGGGCAUGUCCAAAUCUUCAGUGGAGUCCCCCAAAUCACAAGAUGAAUAUUUACGAUCUUUGGGCGAGCAAUCAAGAAUUCAACCUACAGGGGGCAAUAUGGCUCAUCCCAGGGAGCAGGCACGAUUUGGGGAGCACUUGAGACCAGAGCUGUUUGUACCUGGAGAUUCAUUAAGACACCUAGAGUAUUUACAGCCUGGUACACAUCCACGAUCUAGUGAACAUUUGCGAUCAAUUGAUGGCAUGCGGCACGGAGAGCAUCCUAACACAGGUGAAACCCGGAGACCCGAAGAUAAACACAGACCAGGGGAUCUCCCGAAGUCUGGGAAUUUACAAAACCAUCUUAGACUGGGAGAACAUCCAAAAUAUGAUUGUCCAACCUUCACUGAUAAUCCAAGACCAGCUGGCAACCCAAGACAAGAUGAUUACCUGAGGUCCAGAGAAAGACAGAAUGAUUUCCCAGAAUCAAAGAAGCGUCCUGGACUUAGUGAGCUGACUGCACACAGAGAAAUGCACAAAAAUGAGCAUUAUAGACCAGCAGAAAAACACAGACCAGGAGAGCAAUCAGGAGAGGAACCAGGAGAGCCUCGCAGGCCAGUGGAAAGUCUAGCAAGACCUCUGGAACACAUCCGACCUAAUGAGCACCCUCGACUUAGUGAAUGGUAUGGCUUUGGGAGUCACAUGAGAUCCAGGCAGCACAUAAGACUCGAAGAGCAUCCCAGAUCCAGUGAAUAUUCCAAACAACCAGAGCAACCUGAAUCUGGAGAACUGCAGAGAUCAAGGGAAUUGUCAAAAUCUGGAGAGCUUCAAAGAGUUGGAGAGCAGGGACAAACGAGAGAGCCCCCAAGACUCGCUGAAGAUCUUCACAGAUCUAGAGAGUAUUCCACAUAUGGUGAACACCUAUCUUCUACUGAGCGUGAUCUUAAACUACAGAGAGAGCACCAGAUGCCACCUCCUGACUUCCUGAAGCCCCCUGAUGUUCCCAGAUUCCAUCCGUUAGUCUUUAAAAAAGAAAGAAACGAGGAAGCUGGGGCUGAGAAGCCUUUGACCAGGGAAUCACCUCGCCAGGAAGCCAAGAAGCAUGAUGAAGACCCCAGAGAUUCUAACAGUGAAGAAGAGGAAGAGGACAAAGGUGUUUAUCCUCGGAUGCCCUCACCUGAUCCGGUUGUGGUAGAUCGAACUGAUUAUACCAGUUCUUCUGCAAGAUUCAUUCGCCACUGGCAUCGUGGUAUCAACUCUUGCAGUCGCACAGACUUGGUCUUUUCACCCCUGGAUAGCUCCAAGCUGGCUGCCAAGAGGGCAAAGACUGCUGCAGCAGCUGCUGCCAAGGAGAAAGAAGGGAAGAAGGCUGCCGUUAAGAAGGAUUCCAGUUCUAAGGAGGACAAAGACAGACGUCAGAGGAGGCCGAGCAGCACUGACAAACAUGCCAAGAAACCAGAUACACCACCGGAGAACACAUCAGCUGAUGCGCAGGUGACCAGCACCUAUGGCCUGCAACAGGGCCCAAUUGCCAUGCCACCUCCGAGAGGUUCUCCAGGGUACUCUGGCUACCCUGGACAGGACAUGCCAGCCAUGCGCACCCUGAGUGAGUAUGCCCGGCCCCAUUCAGCAGUGGUACCCGGCAACCCAGCCAGCAACCUGAUGGGACCCGACCCCAUGCUGCAGUACCAGCUGGAGCAGGUGUACGCCCUGGGCAGCCGGGAGGCCCAGAUUGACCUGGUGGAGCGGGAGCUCAGGGAGAGGGACCUGCGACAGAGGGACCUCAGGGCAAUGCAGGAGCGGGGGUUGCGGGAGAUGGAGAUGUGGGACCGCGAAAUGCGCGAGCGGGGCUUGAAGCCCGGCUACGAGCAGCAGUACGUAGGAGUGCGCACCUCCACAACAACGCCCCUCGCAGCCUACCCUCACCACCCACCCCACCCUGGCGAGCCGCUGCCCUCUCCGCAGCAGCUGAAUGCCUACAACCAUAACCUUGAGCGAGCCCACGCUGAGCACCACCUGCGCAUGCACGGCCCAGAGAAUUCUGCCUUCUCGGUUGACCGGUUGACCUCAGAGCGCAUGCAUCUGGAGCGCAUGGCGUUGAUGGGUGAUCCAAGGGCUGCCGCCGCGGCUGCAGCAGCCGCUGCAGCUGGGCGACCCCCAACUCCCCACCACCACUCCCACUCACAUUCCCACACCCACGUCCACUUCCAUCCCCAAGAGCACAUCCACCACACCUACCUGUCCCAAGGUGGUGUCCUUCCUGAUCAGCCUGCCGGUGCCGUCCUACCGCCCACCCUACACCUUCCGCCCAACCCUCUCCCCGUGCCCCAGCCACCUCACCCCAUGAUCAACCCAGCUGCAGCGGCCGCUGCAGCCAUCGGAGCGCCCCCAUCUGCAUUGCCCCAUGCGAGGCUCUACAGGCCCCCAAUACCCGACGUCUUGGCUCAGCAGAUACAGCAUGAGCACAUACAGAGACAGAUGUUGUCAGAGCGUCAUCCGUAUCCGCCACCCCCACCUCCACCACAGCCACGAUAAGCAACAAGAUCCUUUACCCUUUCCUCAUUCAAUCUCGUCUUCUCAAGCCGGCAGCGAGUUUACGUACCUUGCCAUCCUAUUCUGUCACUGUUGGAACAGUGGUACAUUGAAGGUUUUGGUUUAAUCGGAAGGGAUUAUCAAAAAAGAGGGAAAGAUAACUUCCAAUGUGCCGGUCUCGAGUAGAAAGGAAAUUUGACGUGAUUUGAACAAGCAUUGAUAUAACUUCCAAAGGCAAAGUGAUCCAUGAAACCUGAACCGCAUUUGAUGUCCCAUAAAUAUCGACGGGAAAUAAAGGAUGCAUAUAUGUGCCAGGAAAAAAUAACUCUCUUUGGUAAACAUCUAUUUAGACAGUAACCAACCCCAUUCCUUUGUUUUUUUGAGAUUGCGCAGUGUAAUACCCAUAAAUGCUUGUGUUGAAUUUCUAAAUUUCCUUGUUCCCGUAGACAGUGACAUUGAAUGUUUUCAUGUUACUGUUCUCGUUUCUCCACAGUGAACGAAUAUUGAGCGACUCUUCUUCGUAAAAAUUUCACUUCUCCAUUAAUAGCUGUAGAGGAACUCCUUUAUUUAAUGUGAGAUUAUAACACCUGUCAUAUGUACUGGCCAGUAUGUUAUUGUUCAACGGUUAUUUCCUGUAUGGAGUUUUAUCUUUUACCCCAGUUUAGACGGAAGUGUUUUACGUGCACAAUCAGCUGUGCGAUUCUUGUGUAUACUUUUCAGGCUGUUGAGGACAUUGCGUUUAUGUGAAAGGGGAAAUUAUGCAUUUAAUGAAUAGUCUGACAGUUUUUACUGUGUUAAAACUCGCCACUGUGGACUCAACAGUUCGUACAUAGUUGGACGCAUGACUGUCAUGUGUAAAUGUAAGAGGCACACACACGCCCAUACCCGUGAUGACCAAUCGUAAGUACUGCUUAAACGCGGUGUGACGGUGUGUGUACGAUUGUGUGAGUAUAGUGCGUGAUCAGAUCACGAAUAAAGAUUAACUAUAGGGAGUCCCUACGUAAAAGUGUGAAGUGGAAAGAUACAAUGAGGUAGUUGACAAAAGAUGCAGUUUCUUUGGUAAGCCACGAGUUGAAACGAGUGACGUUCUCCUGAGACCGGAGGCAAAUGGUGCAAAUUCAUAGCCCUAGGUUCGCAGCUUCGUUUUUACCGACUCUUUUCUUUACAUGUGUGAAAGGACACACUUAGUUACAAAUGUACAGGACUAGUUUGAGAUUGUUAGUAAAAUGAGAUAUAUAUUUAUACAUUUAAUAAAACCAUUUAAUGCUUAACUGUUUACUGAACAAAUUUACACUAAUCGCUGAGCUCGAACCACGACCUCGCCAUUGACAGUUUACACUUCAAAUUUACAAGCUCUAAAAUGGAUCCUGUUGAGCAUCACUACAGGGCACUUCGCAGUUUCGGUGCCACAGUCAUUGGCCAGUCACUUCCGUCUUCAAAAUGGCGGUACACUUUCCAGACUGGAGCCUUUUGUGGUUGCGCUCGUGUCUCUGCAGGUUACUUGUUCCGUUUGGGGCCUAAAUGUAGUUACAUGUACUUGGCCAGUCAGCACAGAGCUAUUUAUAGAGAAAGUUGCGACUUGAGUGCCUCAAUUGUUGGAAACAAAAUGGUGAUUAAGCGUCAGUGCACAUGGACAGUCAGCUGUAUGCUUCUGCACACAGUCAUAACGAACAGCCAGUUUGGUUACCAAGACUUAAGUCGGCGUUAUCUCUUUCAGCAAGGCCACAGUGUGUUCUGAAUGAACAUCCUCUACAAAAGAGAUUCUGAAUGGAACCAGAUUGUGUGGGUCUGUGAGUGUUGUGCCACGUGGUCUAGUUUCAACCAUCGCCAUGUCCAACAUCUCCGCCCAAAAGGAAGGAAAACACCCAUCUCCUUGUAACUCUACAGGACCAGGGCAUUUAUACAAUAUUCCUCAUACAAAUUUUCUAUUAAUAGUAUUGAAAUGUAAAUAAGCACAAUGUAGGAAAUCGGUCAUAGAAACUAUACCAGACAGUUUUUGAAUAAUUUAUUUAAGCGGUGCGCAACUCGGAACAGCACGUGUUUAGGAUGAGUAGGUUUUUUAAAGUUGGUAUUGUAGGAGGAGUUUUAAUAAAACUAUCUGAAGAAAG